AGCAGGAUCGAUCAAUCAUGUCUUCUCCUAUUCUUCGUAUUGAGGAUGGCUUCAUCCUUACCCAGAUGAAUUACUGGGAGCAAGUGAGGGAAUCAGGGGGUUUUGAUAUCGAACAUAUCUCAGUACCUCAAAAUACACGCGGACUCGUGCCUUACGAUUGUGAAAACAAGAGGAUGAGGUAUCCUAAACGUGUGUUGGUCAAUCUUUACGCUAGACUCGGUCUCCAUCGUUACAACCUCUCUAAGGGAACAAAUUUAGAGUUCCACCACCUGAAGAAGUUCAACAUGAUUAUGAAUUGUAUCUCCUCGUACCGCAUCACUUUGGUCGCUUAUGAUCCAGCGACCAGUUCGCUGAUAACCUUUUUGGUUGGAGUCUCUGAGGAAGUAUAUGCUAGUCUGAAUUUGAUGGUCUUCAUUGCUAGACCUCAAGCUGAUAAGCCUCCCUUCCCAGAACCAAUUAGGCCAAUUGGUUCCACCAUUUAUCCCUUGAGACCGGAUGAGGAUGCAUGUGAUGACAAGGGAUUACCUUUCUGGCCAACCGAUUUUGAGGAUACAACACGUUUCUACUGUGUAUUGCUGAAGGAAUCAGAGGACUGGAUUCGUCUAUACUUGGAAAUUGCUCUUUGUUCAAAUGAUAGGAACAUUCCCGAAAGCCAUCUCUCCAAGCUACAGAUUGUGAGAGUUGCAAGGGAAAGAUCACCUAUUGAGCAUGUGGAUGCCACAAGUACCAUUUUCUACAUAACGUUUAAAGGCUUGCCCGUGGCUCGGGUUGGUGAGGAUGGUGAGCAUGUUGAGCGCAGAGUCAUAAUUAGAAGGUAUGUGGAUCUGUCUACCGGAUACUUCACUCUCAUGGGUGGGUUUGGGUUCUCGGUCGGCGAAGACACCAGUCAUCGCCCUAUGACUCGCCUCCGGAGCACUGAUGAAUUUUGUGCUGAGCAGAAGAGGCUGUACCCUACGACUCCCCCGUGCCCAGCCAUCCCCAUUGCUGAUUGGUGGAAAAGCUAGAUCAUUGACCUCUACAGGUCUCUCUGCUAUCAUCAUAAUAAUAAUCAUCAGUUGAAUAACUGAGGAUUUAAAAACAAAACCCAAACAUUUAAAAUCCAAGAUUCAAUACACAUGUAAUCCACUCUUAUUCAAUUAAUAAUUUACAAAAACAAAAUCAAAUCUAUUGUUAUUCAAAGAUAAACACUUUUGAAAAGAAAAAACUAUGAAAAGGAUUUGAAGCAAACUUUUUUAUUAUUUUCAGUCAAAACUAUGGUAACUCAAAUCUCACCUUUGUGCCUCUUAUUUGGAAAGACCCAAAUUCAAUAUUAAAAAUUGGCCAAAGCAAAACGAUCCAUAUCCCUGAACACAAUGGUGACGAUGAAGCUCACACCUCUAUACUUGUUACUUCGCCACCGUCUCUCCAAAAUCAAAGGUGGCCAGGAUUCAUGGUGAUUUGGGUGUUCAACAAGGUGACGUCGUCGCUCGUGCUCCCUAAUUCUGUCUACAAUGGAGCUAGUGUAAGAUUCAAUACUUCUCAAUAUGAUUACACCUAGUCCGAGUAAUGUUUAUGUAGCAGAUUUGUUAUUGUGCCAUAUCUACGGGCUAUCACUCGUUGUAUUACCAGAAGAUAUGGUGCUUCUGAUCUUGUUAACAUACAAGAGUUUUAAGAUCACUCUUUUCAUGUCUCUUUUAUUUCGAUGGCACUGACAAUGAAGGCUAAAGGAGUUUGUGGUGGGGCAGUGUUGAUGGCAGGUCUCUGUGUUGAUGGCAGGUCUUUGCUUUGUAUUGUUGGAAUCACUGUUUCUCUGUUUCUUUUUGUUGCAGGAUAUCUAACAAACUUAUUUACAUGAGUUAAACCUAUUUGCAUAAAUCCUUGCCUCUUGAGAGAGAAAAAGCUAUAAGAAAUUAGAGGUUUGGUUCACCCAAAUAAGCUAUUUGUCAAGUGCAGUUGAAACAGGUACAUUGCUUCGACUCUCAAAACUCAAAAGCUUGAGGAAGUAUUCUUCUAUGAGACUACUUGCUCCAAAUAUGCAAGCUAAGGUAGAAGUUCAGAGCUUUGGUUUUGUCCUUCCACCAUAAAAGCCAGGAGAUCUCUGGAUGUAACAUGUAAGGUACACGAGCUAGCAAUGCUAAUUUUUAUUUUUGUUUUGGAUAAAAUAUAUAUCUUGCUGAUAUCUUUAUGGGCUGCUCCUUCGAAAAUCAAAUAAUAUGGUGGGCUUCUUUUAUGUUUAGUUGUUUAAUUAGGGUUAGAUACGUAUGCAUAUAUCUAUAUAUAAGAUCAGUAACAUGCAUACAUGCAUCAAUCAUCUCUUCUAUGAGACUACUUGCUCCAAAUAUGCAAGCUAAGGUAGAAGUUCAGAGCUUUGGUUUUGUCCUUCCACCAUAAAAGCCAGGAGAUCUCUGGAUGUAACAUGUAAGGUACACGAGCUAGCAAUGCUAAUUUUUAUUUUUGUUUUGGAUAAAAUAUAUAUCUUGCUGAUAUCUUUAUGGGCUGCUCCUUCGAAAAUCAAAUAAUAUUGUGGGCUUCUUUUAUGUUUAGUUGUUUAAUUAGGGUUAGAUACGUAUGCAUAUAUCUAUAUAUAAGAUCAGUAACAUGGGGAAGAGCUUACAAAACUGAUUGGAUACAUGCAUCAAUCAUCUCUUUUAUUUGUCAAAGUGAGUGUUCUUUUUCAUUACUUUUGCUUAUUGGAAUGUGUAGUUUUAUAUUGGUUUCAUCAUUUUGUUUAGUUUUCAUGAAUUUGGAUGACGUUUGUCUUUGAAUAUUGUUCCUUUUAUGGGGUUGAGUCUUUUGACGAUCAAUAUAAAACUUGUUAAUCCAUUAUUAUAGAAAUGGUUUUAAAAAGACUAUAGAUUAGUUAUCUUGGUUCUUAUAAUCCUUAUGGUGUUAUAUAACUAGUUUCUUUUCAAACAAUGGGAGAUCCAAAAGAUGUAAAAGGUAAAGGUUAAUACUUAAUACCAUUCAUGGUCUGAACCUGACACAAGUUGUUAUUGAGGUUACUAGUAGAUGCAAUCAAUCAAGAAAUAGGUGAAUAUGAGAACAUGGAUGAUGAUGUUCAUAAUGGUACUAAAGAAAGGGUGAAUGCUAAUAAUUGGAGAGCAAAUAUAGCAGCAACCAUGUGGACAUAUGGUAUGCAUAUGGGAUCUUGAUGCAACAAGAAAUUCUCUUUUCCAUCAAGUUUUUAAAUUUACGUUUUUCACCAAAGGAUGCACAUGAAAUACACAUUGUUACUGUAUAUAUAUAUAGGUAUAAUCUACGAUUUA